AUGGCGGCGCCUUUUCGAUAUUUGCUGCUGUUUACCGGCUUCUCCGCUUGUGCUCAGUUUGAUUCAGGUGCGCUUGCGGCAUUCGUGGACUUCCUGCAUAAGACUCUCGGUUUCAGCACAGAGGAUAUCGGCUACAUCAAUGCGAUGGAGUACGUUCUCCUACCCAUCGCCUCCCCGUUGAUUCCUUGCCUCCUGAAGUGCCUGAAAGUGAAGAUCGUUCUCCUGGUCUGUCUGGUCGGCAACAUGCUCGGGGUCUUUGGCCUGGUGAUGGGCCCGAAGAUGCACGAGUCCGGCGAUUCCGCCUUCACUCUCUUUGUUGUUUCGCGGGCUAUCUCCGGGAUCUGCCACGCCGGGAUCGCCGUGUACGGCAGCGUCUGGGUGGAUCUGCAUGCGCCGAAGGAUCAGGCGGCCUCCUGGCUUGGGGCCAUGCAGGCCAGCUCCCUAGUGGGCCUCGUCGUCGGCUACACCGUCGCAGGCUACUCGGAGGACUGGGUGACGGUCUUCUGCGUGAACCUGGCCUGGUUUGCGGCAACGUUUGCCUGCCUCGCGUUCGCUGCCUCGGAGUUCAUCGGCAGCGCCACAGUCACUUCGGGACGAUCCGGCUCUCAGGUGCGGCUCUCCUUCGUGUCGGUCCCGUCCGGAAGCUUCGUGGACCAAGCGGACUGGGCAGACGCAAGGGAAGGGGAAGUUGAGCUGACGGAGGAACCAGUCGGCCUGAUGUCCACGCACCGUCCUGCCGCCAGCGAGCAGAACGUUCAGAACCUUCCGGUCUAUGCCUUGAUGGCCUUCUGCGUCUCCUCGCUGUUCUUCGUGUCUGGCGGCCUGCAGUUCUGGGCGACGCCCUACAUGGAACAGAUCCGGCUCAAGGAGCUGGAGGGCGGCCCUGGCGGCUUCGGCGCUGGCGCUGGGGUGGAAGGCUGCGCCCAGGUGCACAGCCUCGUGGUCACCCUGGUGGCCGUGAUCACUUUGACGGCUCCAACCUUCGGGGUCUUCUUGGGAGGAGGGGCCGUCGACAGCAUCGGGGGCUACAAGGGAGCGGCCGGAAGGUCCACGCUGAAGCUGCUCGCCACAGGUGCUCUUCUGGCCAUGGUCUUUGGCGUCACGGCCUGCUUCUCGACGAACUUCUGGCUGGCAGUGUCCACCUUUUGGGUCUUCAACAUGCUGGGUGCCGCGCUGCUGCCCGGGGCCUUUGGCUUGAUGCUGGCUUCGGUGCGGUCCGAGAAGACCUCGGCUGCAUCAGCCAUCGCCCAGAUCCCGAUCAACCUUCUGGGUAUGGCCGGAGGAGCUUACAUCCCCGGAUGGCUCACGGGCUGCAAAGAGGACGCUUCCCAUGGGGGUGGCGCAGGUCCCAGCUGCGAUGCAGACUGCGACUAUGCCUUGGGGCUGCGGUCGCUCCUUCUGGGCCCCGUCUUCGGCUUCCUCUGUCUCAUCCUCUCUCUCCUCCUCUACCGCAGCCCAAGCGAGAGCGAAGACAGACAACCAAGAGCUUACUCUGCAAGCUCCCCGACGCCGCCUGGUUCUGCUUCAGAGCUCAUGGGGGCUGGCACAUAUGUGAAAGAGCAACAGCCCCGCGAUUUGAGAGCCGCCGCUCUGGCUCAAGCUCCGCUGAGCAGCCGCCUCCGCCGCGGCCAUGACCUCGGCGGGCGCUCGACUGGCCGCUCUGGCUUACACAAGUGCAGGCUGGAUCACCUUGAGGCCGUGCCCGCCUUUCUUGGCCGGGAUGUUCAUGGGGAGGCUGCGGCUAAGUCGAAGCCCACUCGCGGCGAUGGUUUCAGGACGAAGAACUUGCUUUUUCUGCCGCCGUCGGGUUUCUGGGCCGAUGACGACUGGUACGACCUGCAGAUGGCGCGGCGCUUGCCCCUCUGCCAAGACUGCUUGCGCGAGUUCGUGUUUGCCUUGCCGCCGCUCUCUGGAAAGUGUGUCGUGGACUUGGGUGCUGGAACCGGGCGGUCCGCGGCAGCGGUAGCUGCAGCAUAUCCCCGGGCGCACUUCACGCUCAUCGACCCUGACGAGGGUCGCCUGAGAACGGCACUGAUCAAGCUGCGCCGGGCGGCGGAGGCUUCGGCAGUGUCGUCGUCGGAGGUGCCGGAAGCGCACCUCGUUGUUGCGGCAGUGUGUUGUGGAGAGCCGCUGCCGGGUCUUCCAGAAGGCGCUGUGGGCUACGACUGCGUGCUCGCGCUCCAAGCCGUUCGGCACAUCGUCGCCCCUGCGGCCCAUUACGCCGAGAAGCACGGGCUUGCGACGGCCGCAGGACCCGAGCAGAUCCGCGAGGGUUACGCCAAAGUCUUCCAGGGGAUCUAUUCGAGUCUGGUGCCUGGUGGCCAUGUUUUUCUGGGUGACCGUGUCUCCCACGGCCACCCCGGCGUCUACGAGCACUGCAGGCUGCUGGAAAAUGCUGGUUUCUUCGAGAUUGAUAUCGCCUGGAGGCAAGACGAUUGGUUCGUCAUCGACUCAUGUGUACCCGGAGAUCUGCUUCAGCAGCCGGACAGCGCCUCGCAGAGCCUGCAGCCGGCUGCGACAGAAGACAGCGCCUCGCUCGAGAAGACAACCACCUUGAGAUCGCCGCAGACGGGGCGGAAGUCUCCGCCGCCGAUCGCCCGAGAGACGUGCGUGCAGGGCAUAGCCAAAAAAGAAGGGAAGAGACCGGAAGGAACUAGGGCCCACACUGCCAACACCGUGGUGCUCGGAAUCAUCGACCAGCUCGACGGCAAAGCGGGCACCAUGGUGCUGCGGAUGGACGAGGAGGUGUCGUUGGCGAAGUUGCUGGCGCGCGCGGCUGAAUGCACCGGCAAUGCGACCCGACGCCUCUUUGCAGAGGAUGGCCAGGAGAUUCUGAGCAUCCAAGACGUGCGGAAUGUCCAUGCCAAGAACUUGGCAGACAGCAAGAAGGCAAAGCCGAGCAUCGAGAAUCCGGCUAUGAGUAUCGACUUGGAGUUGGUCAGCACGGACGGCAGCAACUUCAAGUGGAAGUGGGGCAGCAACCACGCACAUUAUAAAUUCGGAGAUCUUCUCAUCCGUCCUUUGUGGCGAACCUUGGCUGGCUCGCGUGCUGCAAGGUCUGUGGUGCAUCCUCCGCAGCCGAAGACGCUCCCCACAACGGGGAAUUUGAAAGACUGCCUCCCGGACCUUUGGAUCCAAUGCUUUCCGCUGGUAGAAAAGUACGGGCCUCUCGUGAAGCUGCGCAUCUUCGAUGAUGUGGUCUAUGUCGUUGCGGAUCCGGAGAUCGUGGACAUCGUGAACCAAAUCCCCGACAAGCGGCUUCCCAGAGAGGUCUUCGGCUGCCCGGCUCUGGCAGGGCAGGGCGUCUUCAUCGCCGACGGCCAGCGCUGGGAGUUCGCGCGCCAGACCUUUCAGGCGCAGCUGACGCCGGAGGCCAUUGACAAUCUGGUGCCCAUCUUCGCCAUGCGCGGCACGAAACUGAAGGAGAAGAUCAGUACGACCACGGAAACCGUGGACAUUUUCAACUGGAUCGAGCGAACCACCAUGGACACCAUUUGCGACGUCGGGUUUGGGCACGAUCUGCAAUGCAUGGAGUCAGAAGACAUGCCGGAGCUGCUCCCGCUCUUCGAAGAAGUGCUGGAAGUCAGCAUCAGCACCAGCCUCUACGGCGCCUUCGAUGUCUUGGGGACGCAAAGACGCUGGUUCAAGAGUCAGCUUGACAAGUUGACCGGGAUGCUGGAUGAAAUCAUCGAGGCAUGCAGGGAAGGCAAGAGCACCGGCUCCAGCAACAGCCUGCUGCAUGCUCUCAUCGCGGCGAAGUGUCCCCUGACCGGCCGCAGCUUCACGCAGUCGGAGCUUCAAGACCAGCUCUUGACCAUGCUGGUCGCGGGACACAAAACGACCACUUUGCUCCUUACCUGGGCUUUAUACAAUAUCGGCCGCAGCCCGCAAGUGGAGAAGAAGCUCUAUGCGGAGCUGCGCCAGGUCUUUCAGGGCGAUGAUCGAGAGCCGACGGGAGAAGACUUGAGGCGCUUGAAGUAUCUGGACAUGAUCGUCCGGGAGACCCUGCGCAUAAGUGCACCAGUGCAGGUGGCGCAGCGAGGGCUCACGCAGCCCGUGGAGUGCGGGAAGUACACGCUGCUCCCCGGAGGCCACUCCGGCCGAGGGAACUCCUGGGUGGCGAUCCACAUCAUGGGCAUCUCCAUGAGUAAGAAGUACUGGGGCGAGAACAGCAAGGAGUUCAUUCCAGAGCGGUUUGAGCCGGCGAAGAUGCGGGACUUCCAUCCCUUCCAGUUCAUUCCCUUUGGUGGCGGAAGGCGUCUCUGUAUAGGCAACCUCUUCGCCAUCACGCAAGCCAAGACUGUGAUAUCUAUUCUUCUCAGGAAGUUCUACGUGCGCUGCUCGCUGGACAAGCCCGUGAAGAUCGACCCCAAAGACAUCGCCACACCUCUCCCUGCCCACAGGAGUUUGGCUGCGCUGGCUCUGCGGAUUGGAUUGGAUCCUUUCAGCAGGACGAGGAAGCGAUGGAUGCAGCGCAACAGGCUGCGAUGGAGCAGCAAAGGCAGGCUGCUGAUGGAGCAGCAGAGACAGGCGGCCGCAAUGGAGCAGCAACGGCAGGCUGCUUUGGCCGCAGCCAAUCCAGUGGAGCAGGCAGCCCGGGCCGCUGCAGAGCAUGUUGCUUCUGCAGCCAGCCAGCAGAGAAGGAAUGAGCAGCUUGUGCGUCUGGUUCAGAAGCCCGACAUCUACAAGCCGGAGACCCGCGACCAGGAGAUAGAGUGGGUCGAGGCCCAGGCCAGCACCGAGAAGGCUAUGAUAAACAUGGACUUUGCAACGCAGGGCAGGGCGAGGGAACUGUAUGCGAUACUCCUCUCCUUUGUCCGGAACCGCCCUGCCAAGUUGGUUCGUGCCGUCCCGCAGCAGAACGGCUAUGAAGCUUGGCGGCAGCUGAUGGUGGAGAUGAUGCCAAGCAGUCGCCAGCGCCAAUUGGCGUUGGUGACCCAACUUACGAGCACGAGGCUGGACCCGAAGCGGUCGCUGGGCGAGCAGCUGGGGAAAUACGAAGAACUUAUCCGUGAGUAUGAGCGCGUGGCCGGGACGAAGUACGCUGAGGACCUGAAGAUCAGCACGCUCGUCUCGGCGGCCCCGGCGGCGCUCCAGGCCCAGCUUCACAUGUUUUUGGGCCCGGACACUACGUACCACCAGGUGCGGGACAAGAUCCUCCUGUACGAGCGGUCGACGGCGAGGUGGCAUUCGGGGACUGCUUUGACAAUGCCCUCGUUGCACACCAGCGACGGCCCCACGCCCAUGGAGAUCGACCGAGUAGAGAAGGGCGGCAAGAAAGGCAAAGGGAAGAAGGGCAACAGCCCCGACGGCAAGGACAACACCAAGGGCAAGAACAGCAAAGGCAAGAAGGGCAAGGGCAAAGGCAGCGGCAAAGCUGCCCCGGAGUGCUACAGUUGUGGCAAACGCGGGCAUUAUGCCCGAGACUGCUGGAACCCAGCCCCGAAGGGCAAGGGCAAAGGAAAAGGUGUUCGUCAAGUGGAGCAAGGCGAAACCCAGGCCCCGGUGCCUCCGUCUUCGGCUUCUACUACAAGUUCCACGGCCACCCCUUCGGCGAGUUCAGCUGGGCACGGCUCCAAAGGAGUACGCCUAGUCCGGAUGGUGACGCCUCCAACGGCCCCUAUCUUGGAGGUCUAUGACAUGGCCAGCGACCCGGGCGAGGAGCUCACCAUCGACUAUGCCAUCCGCGCCGUGACCGUGUUAAAGUACAAAGGGGCGAUCUCCGGCCCCGGCAAGGCGGCGCUUGAGGGCGAGGAGUGCGAGAUCAUCCUGGACUCGGGGGCCGAUGCCUCUAUGAUCCCUGAGUCUUUUGGCCGGCAAAGAGGAGUUGGACACGAGUGCCCCGCGCCUCACGGACGCGCAGGGCAACCAGAUCGCAAGCAGCGGGGUGCGGAAGUGAGAGUUCCUUUUUUGACGGGCCAGCGCUAUCUUAUCCGUGAAACCUGUGUCGUGGGCCCCGUUCGGAGCCCGUUGCUUGCCAUUGGGAAGCUGCUUCGCAAAGGGUGGCAGCUGAAGACGGGCGAGGGUCCGGGACAACUUCUCCUUGAGGUGCCUGCGAUCGAGUUGCCCGAGGAAGUGGCCAGUAAGCUGGGCCAGCCAGGCAUGCAUGUUUUGCCCAACGGCUGGCGAAUGCAUUUCUCCCCGGCAGCCACCACACUACUUGAUGGCCGAGAUUGGUACGAUGCAGACUACUGGUGCUGUCGCACCACCUUUCUGCAAACUGAGCGCAAUCGGUGGCUGCAGGUGGAGAACAGCGCGGACUACUCUUACGAGAACAACCCCUACGGCAUGACGACGAGGAGACCAAGGCCAGACACCGUAGAUUUCUACUACACGAAGGUGGACCCCGGGAGCAGGCCAAACCCCGAAGCGCACCAGGAGCCCACCAACCUCAUCGCUGUGGACCUUCAGACGCGCAUGGUGCUGUCAGUGCCUGGCCCGGACAAGGGCCCUGGAAUGCUGAGACAGGCCGCUGAGGAGCUCACCCGCUUCACGAUCAGCCUCCACGGCGAAGAGACUAUCACAGUGCAGUCGGAUGGUGAGCCCAGCGUGAAGUCCCUUGUUCGCAGUGUGGCGGCAGCAAGGCAGAGGCUGGGCAGGCGCACCAACCAGCACAACACCCCAGUCGGUGACCAUGCUGCCAAUGGGGCAGCUGAGCGGGCGAUCCAGACCGUGCGCCGCCUGGGGAAUUGCUAUGCUGAAGCCUUUGAGGACCGGGCAGGGAAGCUGAGUGUUGGCAGCCAUCUUCGAAUUUGGGCGCAAGGCCACGCGGCUUUCAUUUACAACCGCUUCCACGUGAUCCCCGGCAUCAACAAUACACCGUUCGAAUUGGCUUUUGGUGGGAAAGUCUUUGACCAGAAGCUUUGCGAGUUCGGGGAAGUCGUCUAUGGCAGGGUGCUCCGGAAAUACAAGGGCGAGGCCCAAUGGGUUAAGGGCAUCUGGUGUGGUAUCAAUCCGCACAACGGGGCACACCGCCUCAUGAGCACCUUUGGUCAUCUGGAGUGCAGUGCAGUGCGCAGAGGAACCGCCGAGGUGCAGAUGACCGCCGCCGAGAUUGAGAAGGAGAUGUUUGGGCUCCCGUGGGAGCACGGCAUCGUUGAGAAGCGGCGGGAAGCAAAGCGGAGACAGGCCCCAGCAGCAGUCGGAGCCCCAGUGCUCACCGAGCCGAUAGGGCUCGUGGCCUCACCGACACCAGCAACACCCGGAGGAGCAUCCCAGGGUAUCCCGGCCACUCCUGCUUUGUCGGUGGCUCCCCCGACCCCAGGUGGAGACCAGCGUCAAGCCGAAGGCCCCGGAGAUGAAGCAGGAAGCGACCCGUCUAGCAGCAACAACGACAGCUCGGAGGACGAGCUUCUGGCCGUGGCAGACGCCAGCCCAAGCGGCAUCAAGAGGAAGGCCGAGACAGAGGCAACGGUGGCAGCGAGACCGAGGCCAGCACCCGCAGCAGACGAUCGAGGCCCAGGUGCGAAGAGGAAGCCGGAGGAUGAAGCCGAACGACCCGAUCGAGAGCCCACAGUUCGUCUUGUUGAGACGGUGGACGCGGAGUGGCACGACGCGGCAGAGUAUGACGCGGUCUUCGUCGCCGAGGAGGAUCCAGCGAUGGCAGCUGGAGACGGUGGCGAGGAUAUGCCACCCACCAUGACAGAGAGCGAGCUGGCCGAGCUGGACGAGGCGGCCGAGAUAGCGGAGAUAGAGCGCCUUGAGGCAAUGGGCGUUUUGCUUCCCGACAAUGGCGAGCCGGCAGACCACCUCUCCACGACCUUUGCCACGACUUGGAAGAAGAAUGAAGAUGGGUGGUUUAGGCGAGCUCGUCUGGUGGCACGCCAAUAUAAGUGGGCCACCCAGAUGGAUGAUGAUGAGACGUUCGCGCCAGCAUCUGUAGCGGCACUGGGCCGCCUAGUUCCUUUGAUGGCAAUGGUGUGGAAGGUCCCCGUGUAUGUGCUCGAUAUAAAAGAUGCAUAUCUCACUGUUGAGCAGCCAGAGGGGGAACCUGUGGUGAUUACGUCGCCGGCUUCAUGGUACAAGCGCUAUGGCCAAAGGAGGGGAGCUCAAGAGUGGUAUGAGAAGUUCAACAAAGACUUGAAGGAGAACCAGUUGGAGCCCAUGGUGGAAGCGAAGUACACCCUCAAGAUCGCUGGGCCGUUCAGCCAACCCGGGGAUGAGUUUGAGUUCCUGAAGCGGCGCUACUCCAUAGAGCCCGACGGCAGCAUCACAGUGCGGCCGGCUCUUCGCUUCUACUACGACAUAUGGGAGCAGACUGGGAAGCCAAAGGUUAACAGCACGCCCGGCCCACAGGAUUUGGUUUUCGGUGUGGACGAGAGCCAACCCUUGGACCCCAAUAGCUCCACAGCGUUCAGGACAGUGGUUGGCAAGCUGCUCUAUAUCAGCAAUGAGCGCCCGGACGCCCAGGUGGUCAUUCAGUAUUUGGCCUCAAGGGCCAGCGCCCCCACCGCGAAUGCAAAGAAAGCCUUGGACCACCUGGCCGGCUACCUCUGGGCAACACAAGGCUAUGGCAUUAACUUACGUCCCCGCCAAGGCCAGUCAGUGAUGAGGAGUGAGGCCGUCCCGGGCCGGACACUGAGGAAGAGCCUUAGCUCAGGCCACCUAUAUGUGGAUGGAGCAUUGGCUUUCUCGUUUGUGAGAGCCCAGAAGGUUGUGACAACGAGCUCCGGCGAGGCGGAGCUGGUGGCUCUUACGCAGACAGUUGGCGAGGCAGUGUUGCUGAGAAAGGCCCUGGCCUUCCUCGAGGGCAUCCGUGACAACGACGUUGAGCUGGUGGCCAGGACGGACAGUUCUGUAGCAAGGGCCAUCGCCUCACGAAGCGGUGUGGGCGGGUCAAGCACCUUGCCACUUCCUGCUUGUGGUUGCAAGGUUGGGCUGCUCGCAAGGACCAUUCCCACGGAAGUGAACCCCGCGGAUGUUGGCACUAAAGUUCUGGCAGCAAGACGGCUGGCUAUGCUGUUGUUCAUCCUGGGCAUGGUUGGAGAAGAUGGGGAAAGAAUCGGCCAAGCCGAGCACGAGGAGCACCGGACACGCCGAGCGGUUCGAGGCCAACGUGGUGUCAUGCGAUUGGCCCAGAUGUUAGUGGCCCUGCAACUUCAGGGCUGCACUCCGGGCGAGCAAGGAGCCGAAGAGACCUUCGAUGGCAUCCUGGUGAAGUGUGCCCUCUUCUUGGAGUAUGUCUUCGCAAUGUGUGCGGGCCACUCCGGGAUCAUGCUAAGUAUCGCGGCCUUCGUGGUGAUGGUGGGUGUGGUGUUUGCUGCCAGCAGGUGCCAGUGGACACUAAGACUUGAAGUGUCCAACAAGAAAGGGCUUGAGCCGGCCACGGCGGCAAAGGACGUGGACCUGCAGCAGCGAAGGCGAGCCCAAGACAGCGAGAACCACACGAAGGACAGCGAGAGCCACACGAAGGACAGCGAGAACCACACGAAGGACAGCGAGAACCAAACGAAGGACCACGAGAACCAAACGAAGGACCACGAGAACCAGACGAAGUACCACGAGAACCAGACGAAGGACCACGAGAACCAGACGAAGGACCACGU